UUGAACCGGAGCAGAAUAUUCACAAUUCCCGAGACUUGUUCUGCUGUUGGUUGUUCCAACAGACAAGACAAAUAUUCAAAGAGGUCAUUCAAUGGAAUACCAGCUGAAAAAAUGAGAAAAGAUCGAUGAAUUAAACAUGAUGGAUGAUGCCCAACCAAAAUACACACACUCCUGUGUAGCGACCGCUUCAUUUCAGGUGCAGGUGCCGGGCAUGGGUCUGCUGCUGUUGCUGGCCCUGAACAUCCUGAGUCAGCAACUUAGGCUCCUUAUCAUCAGUGUGGCUCUAGUACUGCCGCCGUUGCUGCUGGCCCUGAGUAUCGUCCUGAGUUGGCCAGCUCUGGUCUUGAUCGGCAUGGCGGAUCUGGUGCUGCUGCCGGCGCUGUUGUUGGCCCUGGGCAUCAUACUGAGUCAGCCACUUGGGAUCCUUAUCAUCAGUGUGCAUCUGCUGCUGCUGCUGCUGCUGGCCCUGAGUAUUGUCCUGAGUUGGCCAGCUCUGGUCUUGAUCGGCAUGGCGGAUCUGGUGCUGCUGCCGGCGCUGUUGUUGGCCCUGGGCAUCAUACUGAGUCAGCCACUUGGGAUCCUUAUCAUCAGUGUGCAUCUGCUGCUGCUGCUGCUGGCCCUGAGUAUUGUCCUGAGUUGGCCAGCUCUGGUCUUGAUCGGCAUGGCGGAUCUGGUGCUGCUGCCGGCGCUGUUGUUGGCCCUGGGCAUCAUACUGAGUCAGCCACUUGGGAUCCUUAUCAUCAGUGUGCAUCUGCUGCUGCUGCUGCUGGCCCUGAGUAUUGUCCUGAGUUGGCCAGCUCUGGUCUUGAUCGGCAUGGCGGAUCUGGUGCUGCUGCCGGCGCUGUUGUUGGCCCUGGGCAUCAUACUGAGUCAGCCACUUGGGAUCCUUAUCAUCAGUGUGCAUCUGCUGCUGCUGCUGCUGGCCCUGAGUAUUGUCCUGAGUUGGCCAGCUCUGGUCUUGAUCGGCAUGGCGGAUCUGGUGCUGCUGCCGGCGCUGUUGUUGGCCCUGGGCAUCAUACUGAGUCAGCCACUUGGGAUCCUUAUCAUCAGUGUGCAUCUGCUGCUGCUGCUGCUGCUGGCCCUGAGUAUUGUCCUGAGUUGGCCAGCUCUGGUCUUGAUCGGCAUGGCGGAUCUGGUGCUGCUGCCGGCGCUGUUGUUGGCCCUGGGCAUCAUACUGAGUCAGCCACUUGGGAUCCUUAUCAUCUGUGUGCAUCUCCUGCUGCUGCCCCUGCUGCUGGCCCUGACCAUCGUCCUGAAUUGGCCACCUCUGGGACUCUUGAUCGGUAUUGUGGAUCUGGUGCUGCUGCUGUUGUUGGCCCUGGGCAUCAAACUGAGUCAGCCACUUGGGAUCCUUAUCAUCAGUUUGAAUCUGCUGCUGCCGCUCCUGCUGCUGGCCCAGAUGAUCAUGAUGAGUCAGCAACGUGCUGUCUUGAUCGUCAUCGUGGAUCUGCUGCCACUGCCCCUUCACACGAGCUUUGCAUCCUGUGUUGGGAGGGCGGGAUCAACACACAUCAUCCACAUCAGCUACAGUGAUACCUCUAGUUAUGAAAUUAAUUCAUUCCGGAAGUCGUUUUGUCACAUGAUUUUUUUUUUAAUAGGUAGAACUUUAUACAUGUAAACACCCUAAUCUGUUCCAAGCCUGCCUGUGUAUUGACCUAGGAUCGAAUA